CGAGAGAGAGGAACUUGCUCUUAGCAAGGAUGAUGCAAACGCUUUGGACUAUGCACUUUUAAAAGGACUAGACAGUGAAUCCUAUGCGAUGACUGACAGUGGACAUUUUAAGACACUCAAGGAUGUCCUAAUCCUUUUGUGCAAGGUACUUUUGAAAAGACUAGCCUCGAAAGAACUAUACAGUGGACCCUAUGAGAUGGCUGAGGACAAGAGAGAUAAACUUGCUUUUAGCAAGGAUGACUCACUCACUUUGGACCAUGUACUUUUGAAAGGACCAGACAGUGAACCCUACGCAAUGACUGACAGUGGACAUUUUAAGACACUCAAAGACGCCCUAAUCCUUUUGGGCAAUGUACUUUUGAAAAGACUACCCUUGAAAGAACUAUACAGUGGACCCUAUGAGAUGGCUGAGGAUGAGAGAGAUAAACUUGCUCUUGGCAAGGAUGACUCACUUGCUUUGGACCCUGUACUUUUGAAAGGACCAGACAGUGAACCCUAUGAGAUGACUGAGGAUGAGAGAGAUAAACUUGCUCUUAGCAAGUAUGACUUAAAUCCUUUGGAAGAUGUACUUUGGAAAGAACCAGAUAGUGAACCUUAUGAGAUGCUUGAGGAUGAGAGAGAUAUACUUGCUCUUAGCAAGGAUGACUCAACUGCUUUGGGAGAUAUACUUCUGAAAGGACUAGACAGUGGAAUUAAUGAGAUGCCAGAGGUGCAAAACAGUGCACCUUUAGAGAUACUUGAGGAUGCCACAGAUAGACUGGCUUUAUGCAGCUUAGAUACUCCACCUUUGGAGAUACAAGAUAGCAGACACUUUGAGAUACCCUCUUUACAAACUGUGGAUAAUGAUAACCAGGAUAUCUAUCACACUGAUCACCAAGCACAUCAGCAAGACACGCAACUUCACAAUGAAGUACCACUGGAAGGACUACCAUACCAAGAAGAUGUUGAUGUCACAUUGUACCAUGACCUGCAUCCAAGUGACAUACUCUUUUUUUCUAUACAAGUUGUGGAUGAUGAUGACCAGGAUAUCCCUCACCCUGAUAAUGGAGCACAUGAGGAGGGCACCCAGCUUCACAUUGAAGUACCCCUGGAAGGACUGCUGAACCAAUGGCAACUGCAAGGUUUUGAUGACAACACCUCAUACCAAGAUCUGCAUCCAAGGGAAAUGCCACAUCAGCAGGACAUGCAGCUCGACUUAUAUCAGGACUUGCAUCCUGAAAACACACGAUAAUUUAUUUGAAGAUAAUGACUUAAGUGAAACUAACAAAAAACUGGAAACCUUGAAAUGAUCAAAGAAAAAUAAUGAGUAGUUUGUAGAACUUUUUGGCAGUCGUAGCAGGCGUUAACUCAUUGCUAAGUUCAGUCAUAAAGUUCAGUCAUUAGUUCUCUCGUUACUCACCGUACUCUCGGAACGGUCUACUGGAAGUGGAACUCUUGCGUAAAAAUGUCACAAAUGCACUAACUCUCAAAUUUCUGGCUAGAAAUGCAUGAGAACAACUGCUUUGAGGUCAUUCUAAAGAUUUCCAGCAACCUUUUUGUGCUCUUUUUUUUCACAGCCAGGCGGAACCUAACGUAUAUUGCAUCAUCGUGCAUAUUUUCUAAUAGAUUCUGCCUCUGAUGAAAACGUUGUAGUAUAUGUUGUCGUCAAAGAAAGGCAGCCCCCACAUUGCAUACAAAGACACAACAGACAGUAGUAACUAAGCAACCUUUCUAUUUCAUUCAUGAUGCAUGCGUAAGAUGAAACUAAAGUUUUCGAGUGGUCUGACCAGUUGUUAAAUAUCCAUGGAAACAACGACACAAUGACGAGCGAGAGAACUAACGACAGCUUCAUGAAACAGCACUCAUAACUAGCGAGAGGCUAACGACCCGUGGCUAACUAACUACUGCUUCAUGAAACAAGCCCCAGCAACCUUAAAACAUGCAAAAUACUGAAAAAAAUCAACAUGAAAGGUAUUUUCCUGUGCAUCCAAAAAUAUCAAUAUAAGAUAAUCACUGCUGUCAUUGUAACAGAAUUAUGGCUAAAAAAAAGCACUGAUCAUCAAGUAAAGCAAAACAUUAUGCUCCUUUUGUUUAUGGGGUCUAGCAGACACUAAUGACAGAAAAUCAGUGUCUUGGUAAAAGCCUAUAGUUUUGAUAUAAUCACUUGGAAGGAGCACAAUCAACAGGGAUCAUCAGUUGCCGACAAUUUCUAGUUGGCACUCGACGCAUCUUCAACAGUGUGUUCAACAGUUUUUAUGAAGUAAAAAGCAUGCCUCAGACAUAAUGUUGUGUUCCACUGUGCCAAAACCGUGGAGGGCAUAGAUUUCCUUCCUGCACUAGUAAGGAGAGAGAAGCUGUUAGAAGGCAAUGGAUAUUGGCCAUCAAACAAGCCAAUCCCUAGAUGAAGUUCCUUGUGUGGGAGCUGGGUGUCCCAGUCGAGUUGUGUUCAGCUCAUUUCAUGUCUUCCCACCACUUUAUGAAAACAUCAUUGGGAUCAAUCACAAGUGAAGGCUGAAGUCUUUAGCAGUCCCACAAAAAGACAAGGGACCAGCUGCUUGCCACCAGAGACGCAUGAAACAAACUGCUAGUGUUACUUCCAACCAUUCAUAACAUAAAGAUGUGGAAUCACGCAGAGGAAGCAUCUGUCAAUUUCUUGAUAUUCUACAGAUCCCAGAUGUUAGCAUGAAGUGUGAAAUUGAAACCAGCUCAACAGUGACUACUUCUAAAAGAGCAACCGAUCCUUUACUUUCUCCACCAAUGACUAAAACUGCAGUGGACUCUAUUAUUACUGUGUACGUAUCAACUAAUACUCAGCAUAGACAA